AUGGCAUUGCGGACCAAUAAAACUGCUCGUAUGUUUCAGUGUCAUACAGAUGGCAAGCAUUCGUCAGAUGCAACAAACCAGGUGUUUGUGGUUGUAUCUUUCAUGGCAGUGGUGAAUGGGAUCGCCAUGGCACGGGAAUCAGCAGAAGAGCUAGAUGCUGCAUGUGUAUCUGGAAGUCUGUUCCAUAUUGGGAUGACUGGGGAAGAAACUAAAGCUAUAGCUAAUAGUCUUGUCUGCAGGGAAGUCGGUCACCUCAACUGCAGUACACCAUACGUUCCAAACCACGCCAGAAUCCAGGAUCCUCGCUUGAACUACCAAUUUAGAGACAGAGUGACUGUGACUUGCGACGCCGACCAAUCUAGCUUUACUCUGCAAUGUCAUAAUAAAGGCUUGUGGAGUGGACCCGACGUAUCUUGCCCAGUGCCUCCACCAUCACCAUCAAAAGUGCUCUCCUGCAAUGCCCCGGUAGUGCCUCCCUAUGCCACCAUUGGGAAUAUUCGACUAUCCUACAAGCCCGGGGACAGAUUGAAUGUCACGUGUGAUAUAAGGGGAGAACCGGUUACAUUGGAAUGUGAUGAUGGCUUAUGGACAGGACAGAAUGUAGUGUGUGAUUCUCCCGCCCCAGCGUGCAGUCCGCCGAACAUUCCUUCGAUCUCAUAUAUUGAAGCUGUUAAACCACGCUACAAGAAUGGAGACCAAGUGAAUAUUACAUGUAACGAUAACUCUGAGCAGUUCGUCUGGGAAUGCCAAGAAGAUGGUUUGUGGCGAGGAAGGUACAUCACGUGUGCAUUCAAUGUAACACCUAUUGCAGGUCCGAACCCAGGAGCUCCUGCGCCAAUAAGAAACCCACCAAAGGAAGUUAGUGGCAGAGAGUAUUUUAUCACCGGCCUACUUGUAGUAGCUGUCAUUUUGUUUGUUCUGGUUUUAAUGAGUUUGGCGAUGUUCUUCAUUUUCGUUAGGAAUCGUGGAUACGGCUUGGCAUCAUCAUCAAAAGAAGCUCUCAGUGAGAAAGCUCGGGGGCCUCUGCCAGAUGUUCCGGAAGGAUAUGCGAAUUAUGUUGCUGGCGAACAAUCCCUCUACGUUGAACCUUAUCUCAAACAAAACGGAGAUCCAAACCCCAGCUACGAAGUCUACGAAAAACCAGUUUGAAACAAUUGACCGACCUUAUCCUCUUGUUGAAAAAUGUACAGAGACAUCAGGCAGAAUUCGAUUUAUGUUUAUCCAUAGAGGCGUUAAAGGAAUCCCAUCACUUUCAAUUUAUAAUGUUAAUAAUAGACCUAAUAUGUUAGAAACCUCUGUUAAUAUAUGGAAGCUAACUGUUUGAAGCGUGUGGGCUUUUUCGGUCUACAUUAUGUUUCUUGUACAACUUAUGAUUUUUUUCCUUAGGAGUAAAGAAUACGCUUGGUUGAUGUGACAACGUCCGUGUUGGUAAUAACGCAUUGAUCAUCGUUUACGGUAUUAGUAAAUCAUUUUGAAAUUUUGCUUGAUUUAUUUUCAUUAUUUAAGUUUCGUUAAUGCGUGUUAUCCUUGUAAGGAAAAUGCUUUCAGGUAAAUCCAAUUUGUUGAAGGUUUUUUGUUGUUUACACCUCGCCGUAUAUUAGAAGUUGAUGUGUAUGGUAUGUAGCAUGUUAAAAGAAAAUCGAUUGCAAAGUUUACUUAUAUUCUUACAGUAGUUGUUAUAAUAUUUCUGAAGUAUUUUUUUAUAGCUUGCCAACCUUCUCUCAUUAUUUAUUUAAACAACAUUUUAAAUACUACUUGGAUGUGGAAACAUGUCGUAAUCGAAGACUCUCUGUAUGCCUCUGAACAUGAAAAUAUGAUAGCACGAACAAGAAGCCUCCGGGCUACUUUUGGGAUUUCAUAGAUUAUUUGAUUGACUGUCUUUGUAUUAUAACGAAAAGAUAUGUUUGUGAGAACAAAAUAUAAAUAUAUUCCAGAAUAAAUAUGAAAUGUAAAUUAGAAAUGUGCAAGCUUGUUACCUGUCUGCAGUCCUAGUUCUUCAUGUGUUGGAGUGAAACACGAAUUCAAUUAUUCGUAUAUAUACUGUAACUCAUCAGCCAACUUGGUCAAGGCGCUUGCCCUACUUUUGUGUUGAAAUAAAAAAAAGAAUAAAUAAAUAAAUAAUAAUAAUGAUAAUAAUUAUAAUGAUAAUAAUAAUUAUAUAUAUAUAUCCUAAAGCAGAGCACGUUCUUGGAUGUUCCGGGAUACUUACGUUCGUAUGCAUAGUUCUGCAAAUUAAAGUUUCAUUACUUAUCUAUUUGAUUGUUGUUUUGUUCAUUUCGAUUCCCCUUUUAUUAAUUGUUUAUGAUUUAUUCUAGCCUUAGAAUGAUAAAUGGCUAGAAUAAAAUAGAACCCACAAUCGUAGUAAUGCGAAGCGGGAUACGAGUAGUGUACAUGUGUUUGUUUAAUAAUAUGUCACACCCCUUCAGUUUGAAAAGAAAUGUCACUUCAAAUUACCCUGCAACCUAGAUUCAAUUUGAUAAUGCAAGCGAUCAAAAUUACACAAAACAUUUUUUUUUCAAUCUACAAGCUCUUUAAAUACAAUAAAUUUAUCAACUAAUUCUGAUUUUGUCAGGAAACAAUAUGAGCAAACCCUACAAAACUAACAUCACACUUUUAUGAAACUCCCUAGAUCUCGAGCGACAAAUUCGAGAGUCUUGUUUGGGCAAUAGAGAGUUUUUGCUCCACAACGCAUUACAAAUUCAAGGCAAUGUAAAAUGUAUUGCCAAAUACCCUUUAUGGCAAUGGGCAACAAAGAAGUCUGUCGAAAAGUGGUCAAUAAAAAAAAGAAGUUUCUUGUGGGACUCUGGACAAAUUACAUAUUUGCAAAUUUUAGUCAGCUUCGAAACUUCGUGUGAAACUGCUAUUCUGGUUCACUAAAUUUUUCACAAAGACCUCCCAGCUGCCUAUUGUCAUUUGACGGGCCUUUCCAAUACAUUUAAAGUGUUCUUGAAACUGAAAAUUACCUAAUAGCCAGAUUAAGCUACAGGAGAGCCACAUAAAAACAACCAUGAAAAAUAUAACGAUACUGAUCAACUAAAUCGAUGUCCUUCCUGCACAUGCAAGCAAGAUACCAUUCAAUGUUCGUCUGUGAUUCAAUGACGUCAUUCAGACGAAACAGCGUUUGGUAUUGUAUGAAAGCGAAACAACACCCUUAACCUUGUAUGUAUGUGAAUGUUCGACUGAUUUGUAUUACAUAUUUCAUGAACCGUUUCGUAUCAUUAAGUCCCGAUUGAUUAGCCUGAGAUCUUUCAUUUUUCCUUACUUGGCGAACUCGUGUUUCACCCCAAAUAUUGAGUUGCGAGGACUGGCUAUUAAUGGUGUAUUAAAGCAAAUGGUUAUAGAUCUGAUAAUGAUGUUCAUAAUGCUAACAAACAUGAUGAGAGCGCUAGGCUCGUCAUACUAUUGGCGUAACGAAAUAUAUAAAUGUAUAUAGUAUAUAUACAUAUAUAUGUAUAUAUAUACA